CAUUGUUGUUAGACCUUAACCAAGGCUUCUAGCCAAUAGGAGAAAUUAUGUGGCAUUCUAGUCUAAACAUGAUUUAUAUUUUGCGGGUGGUAUCAUUGAGCAGACUAGUAAUUUUCUUUACCAUUUGCGCGUAAGGACAAACUUUCCUUUCCCCUCCCCUGUUAUUAAUUUGCUCCAGUAACGUAACCGCGCCCUUCAGGCUAAAUCCAAGAUGGCGACGGAAACGUAAACUUGAGCACUUUCAAAACAAACAGUUUCUGGCUCUUAUUAUUGUAAACAAGGUCGAAUACUGUCGAUUCUUGGCGGGCUUUUGCGGGUCAGGCGUUAAUCUGCGGUGUUAUUCGAUAUGUGCUAGCUGUCAAGAAAUUUAAAACGCCUUGUCUGGCGCGAGUAGCAAAGUUUACUUGUUCAGAGAGGCCCUUGAAGAAGAUUUUGUGUUCGGCGGGAGAAACAUUUCUGUCGCGUCGUCAGUGGGUUUUCUACACGGAGAAGGCAUCUAGUUUUUGUUGUAACACAGAAGUCACCAGCCAUUUAGCUGAUCAAGUGUAGCCAGAAUGCAGUGGGAAACUGCAAGAAAUGAAUCCUUCACAAGAAGAGAAGUGCGACAGGUGCAUACAAUAAGUGAAGCUACACACGAGACAAGGAAUGAGCAGCAGCACACGGAAAGUUCGGACAGAUUUGGUCGAUAUGUCAAUGGUAAUAUUACUAAUGGAAUUGAUAGUUCACAUGAGACAUCUCGUAGUAAGAGAACAAUUUAUAUGAUGAAUGGCGAUACCGAGAGCUCAAGUGACAGAUAUCCGUAUUUAAAGCGUGGAUCUGAUGCAAGUGAGCAAGGCUCAUUGCAGCGAACAUAUAGUAGUGGCAGCGGUACAGGGAGAAAGUUGAGUGGUAGCUCAAUCGGCUCAACAGGUAGCGGAACAAAGAUAUCCAGUGUAACCAUGCCGAUAAGAUCAGCAUCCUUUUCAACUGCCCGUAAACCGUCCAACACCGAGGAAAGCCCAGUUCAGGCUAGCAGUUCUGUCAGUGCAGAGUCCUCACCCACAAAGCUGUCGACCCUUCCCCGUACAUCAUCCCUGGUAAAGCAGCGCACACCAUCUGAUCCUAAAUCGGGUAUUCCUGAAGUGAAUGUCAUGUACAAUCUGAAAAUGAAACUUGGUGAAGUAAAGGGCAGUGGUGCAGAUGGAAACGUGUAUAUCCAGUUGUUUGGAUCUAAAGGAAAUACAGCAAAAAUACAGUUGCGGCAAGCAGGAGAUGAGAAAAACCGGUUUGAAACUGGUCUGGAGUAUAAGUUCAUGGUCACCACCCUGGAUAUUGGAAAGGUGGAGAGAAUUAAACUCAGUCAUGACCACAUGGAGUAUGGAACAGGCUUUCAUGUGAAAGAAGUUGAGAUUGAUGUGCCGUCGUACGGUAACCACUAUACAUUUCCUUGCAACUGUUGGCUGGCACAGGAUAAGCUGACAGAAAUGACAGUCAAGGAUCUGAAUUCAUCAACUCCUGCUCCAAACAAGGGUUACACAGUGUCUGUCCAUCUGGGUAAAGUGUUGGAUCCAUAUACCAAACUCUACCUGCAACUGUGUGGAGAAAAUGAAGAGAGUACAAAAAUUGUGCUCCGCCCAUCAGGGACUGCAACGGAUACAUUUCAAGAGGGAAAGACCUACAAAUUCUCAGUGGAGAUGCCAGACAUAGGAAAGGUGGAGAGAAUCCGUGUUGGUCAUGACAGCCAUGGGAGUGGCAAGGGAAUUUUUGUGGAUGACAUCGAAGUUGCACCUGACGAUGCAGAACCUCUGUACUUUCCCUGUUCCUGUUGGUUGGCAGAAGACAUUGGAGAUGGCAAAUUAGAAAGAGAAAUUUAUCCUGGAACAAGGACUCCCCAUACCUCAGAGUCAGACAUAACCCACACAGUAUCUGUGCAUCUUGGAGAGGUACUGAAUCCUGAAGCAACACUUUACAUCUACUUGAUUGGCCGGAGAGGUGAAACAAGCAAGGUUUUCCUGAGGCCAGAAGAACCACUGGAAAGAGAGAAAACAUAUAAGUUCACCCUCGCCCUGACUGUCGAUAUAGGAAGGAUUGAGAAGAUCCGUCUGGGUCAGGACAGUCGAGGUUAUGGCAAGGGACUGUUUGUUGACAGUGUCAGAGUGGUGCCAACAGAUGGCGACCCAGCAGUCAUGUUUCCAUGUGCGUGCUGGCUGGCAGAGGAUGUGUGGGACAGUAAAACGGAGCGAGAAUUGCUGCCUGGAAAAGCUGUGAAAAGACCUGAAAAUGUUGCCUAUAACUUGACAUUUAAGACUGGUGACAUGCCUUAUGCGGGUACAGAUGCUAAUGUGACUCUGCAGUUAUUUGGAGACAAGGGCCAGACUGAAAAGAUCAUGCUGCGGCAAGAAUCUGGGAAAACCCUGAAAAGGUUUGAUCGUGGACGUACAGACAGGUUUACUGUUCAGACCAUGGAUGUGGGCAAAGUUGAGAGGAUUCGUCUCAGUCAUGAUAAUUCCGGCCCUAACCCAGAGUGGUAUUUAGAGUCACUGAGGAUAGAGAUCCCAUCACGUGACGAGAAGUACAUGUUCCCUUGUAACCGGUGGCUUACUGGUGACGAGGACAGACGCGUCGAAGUUGAAGUUUAUCCUGUUGAUGAGGAUACAGUCCAAGAGGAGAAUAUAACUGUUGUUGAGAAUUCACUGGAGUCUGCAGCUCCAGAACCUGAGCCAGAGCCUGAACCAGAGAUGGCUGAAUAUCAAGUGUCGUUCAGACUGGGAGAGGUGCUGGAUCCUUAUACAAAGCUGUUUAUGGUAAUCCACGGUGACAGAGGAGACACAGAGAAGAUUUAUCUGACACCAGAGGGAGGGAAACUAGAACCUGGAAAGCUCUACACUGUCAAUGUCAGGACAACUGACGUGGGGAAAGUUCGUAACAUCAGCAUGGGUCAGGAGGGGUUGUCCCCCAACCAGGGGGUGUUUGUCGAGGAAGUGGAGGUUACAGCUCCCAAGGGUCCCUCUGUGGUGUUUCCUUGUCGAUGUUGGCUGGCUGAAGAUGAAGAUGAUGGGCAGACAACACGGGUUUUAGUACCUGGACAGUCGCUGACUUCACAAUAUGACAUUGGUUUUCGCCUUGGAGAGGUCCUGGACCCUGACACCAAGUUGUACAUGGUGCUGUACGGUGACAAAGGGGAGUCUGGGAGGAUUUACCUGUCGCCCGAUGGAUCUAAGUUUGAGCCAGACAAGUUCUAUAAAGUGACUGUCAACAUUAAGGACAUUGGCAAUGUACAAAAAGUUCACAUUGGUCACGACAGCAAGGGCCGUAAUAAAGGAGUAUUUGUCGAGGAGAUCGAAGUCACUGCACCUGAUGCACCAAAAGUGAUUUUCCCUUGUCGCUGCUGGCUUGCUGAGAAUGAAGACGAUGGAAAAACAGCACGUGUGAUUGUGCCUGGAGAGUCGCUGACACAACCUUAUGAUAUCGCCUUUCGUCUUGGCGAGGUGGCGGAUCCUCGUGCCAAGUUGUACAUGAUUCUUUAUGGUAGAAAAGGCGAAUCAGGAAAAAUCUAUCUGGCGUCUCCGGAUGGCAAAAAGUUUGAGCCGGGAAGGCUGUAUACAGUGUCUGCCAAUAUCAGAGAUAUCGGACCGAUUGAGAAAAUAAACCUUGGAAACGAAAGCCGUGGACCGGGUCAUGGUGUUUUCGUGGAAGAAGUUGAGGUUGCAGCACCCAAUGAAGAACCCGCCAUAUUUCCGUGCCGCUGUUGGUUGGCCGAAGAUGAAGGAGAUGGCAAGUCUAGCAGAGUUCUACAACCCGGAGAGACUGUACAACCCCCAUAUGACAUUCUGUUCCGUCUCGGCGAGGUACUGGACCCUCGUGCUAAGCUGUACAUGAUCCUGUACGGGGACAGAGGAGAGUCGGGCAAGAUAUACCUGACACCUUCUGACGGAACUACAUUUGAGCCUGGGAAGCAGUACAGAGUGUCGGUCAAUAUAAAGGAUAUCGGAAAGAUCAACAAGGUGUUUCUAGGCAAUGACAGCCAUGGACGCGGGCGUGGAAUUUUCGUGGAGGAGAUUGAGAUACAGUGCGUGGACGAAGAUCCAGUGAUUUUUCCAUGCCGCUGCUGGCUUGCUGAAGAUGAAGGGGACGGCAAAACAGCCAGAGUUUUGGUACCUGGUGAAACGAUUCAACCACAGCUAGGCAGUUGUCUCUAUAACAUGACGUUUGAGACAGCAGAGGAUGUACCCUUCGCCGGAACAGAUGCCGUUGUUUACGUUCAGCUCUUCGGAGAGAACGGACAGACUGAGAAGAUCGAGUUCAAAAGUGAAAACAAACUCGAAGCGCCUAAGUUUAAACGCGGAAGAAUCGACAAGUUUGCUGUAGAAACGGCAGACGUCGGAAAGCUGACUAAACUUCGCGUCGGUCAUGAUAACACUGGACGCAAUCCUGAAUGGUUUCUGAAGAAGCUGUCCAUAGAAAUCCCAUCAAGGGAUGAAAGCUAUGUUUUUGAGUACAACAACUGGAUAGCCGGAGAGGAAGUCAAGUUAGAUCCAGUGGAUGAAAAGACAAGAACAGAUCUUUAUACCAUUCAUCUCAAGCUGGGGGAGGUCGCCGACCCUUAUACUCCAGUUUGGAUCAAGCUUGUCGGUGAGAAGGGAGAAAGCGGACAGAUCCAGAUCAAACCUGGCUAUGGACCUAAUGACAAGUUUGAGAAGGAUCGCAUUUAUAAGGUGGUGGCUAGAGUUGCUAAUAUCGGACGGAUCAUGGAUGUCAAAGUCGGUCAGGAUGUUUCCGGUGCUCCCAGUAAAGGUCUGUACGUUGAAGAAGUGGUGGUCACGGCGUCACGCGGAGAUGGUGUGGUGUUCCCUUGUCACUGUUGGACUGGGGACGAGGAUAAAGUGACCGUGGAACACGUCCAGCAGACUGAGCUGGAGGUGCCUCUUGAUACAACCUACUACCAAGUUACGUUCAAGACUGGUGACAGACCCAACGCUGGAACAACGGCUGAAGUUCAGUUUGAACUGUUUGGAGACAAGGGCAAAACCGAGCCUAUUUCGUUGAGCGAGGAUAAGAGUCUGCGACUGUUUGAGAGAGGCAACAGUGAUAAGUUCAAAGUGGACACGCCAGAUGUAGGAAAGAUCGAGAAGCUGCAUGUGUGCCAUGAUAACUCUGGCCGUGAUCCGGACUGGUACCUCGAGGAAGUGACCAUUGAUGUGCCUGAUAAAGGCGAGCAGUACAUCUUCCCUUGCCACCGCUGGCUUGUCGGCAGUCAACGAGAUGUUGAUCUUGUUCCUGCGGAAACCAAGGAUUUGUUGCAAGAUGUUGACUAUCGCAUCAUGAUCAAGACUGGUGAUGAAAGCGAUGCCGGCACAGACGCCAAUGUUUAUCUUCAGAUGUUCGGUGAGAAGGGAAAGACGCAGAAUUUCGCUCUGAGGGAGGAGGGAGACAAGAGGAGGUUCGAAAGAGGACGAAUGGAUAAAUUCCUGAUCAGGACACAAGACAUUGGAAAGCUUAGCUCCGUUCGUAUCGGCCGGGAUAAUAAGGGUGUUAAGCCAGGUUGGCUGGUUGAUAAAAUAACAAUUGAUGUGGAUGAAAAGGAUGAACACUACGUUUUCUAUUGUAACCGCUGGUUUGGAAGUUCAGACACGGCAGUCGAGUUUACGCCAGAACAAGGAUCUUUACCAGGGCAAGAUGGAAUGUACACAGUGAGCAUCAAAGUUGGAGAAGUCCUGGACCCCGAAGUAAAUCCGUUCUAUCAGAUCAUUGGUAGAAAUGGCGAAACCAACAAGAUCCGACUGCGAGACGGUUACUCAAGGUCACACGUGUUCACUAAAGGAAACACCUACAAAGUGUCUGUCAAGAGUCCGGAUGUGGGCGAGAUCACCAAGCUUCGCAUUGGAGAUGACGGCUCCGGUCGCGGUAAGACCAUGUUCGUGGAGGAGGUCACCGUUACCAGCAAGCAAGGAGACACUGUUGUGUUCCCGUGUAAAUGCUGGCUGGGAAAAGACGACAACAACAGUAAAAUUAUAAGAGAACUCAUUCCUGGAAAACCAGUUCCAGAGGCCCUUGAAGACAUCUCGUACCACAUGACAGUGAAAACUGGUGAUAAACCGAAUGCAGGAACCGAUGCGAAUGUUUAUUUUGCUCUGCAUGGCGACAAAGGAGAAACGCCCAGAACCGCUCUACGGGACGAAAGUCAAACCUUUAGACGAUUUGAACGGGGAAGAGCUGACAAGUUUGUUGUACAAACAGUUGAUGUUGGAAAGCUCGAGCAGCUGAUUAUUGGUCAUGAUAACAAAGGACAAGACCCUGCCUGGUAUUUGGAUGAAGUAGAUGUUGACAUCCCUGUGCGAGAUGAACAUUAUAAAUUUAGAUGUGGCGGCUGGCUCGGGGGCGACCGACCUGGUCAGCGGAAGGAAGCAGUUCUAUUCCCAGUGGAUGACAUUGAAGGACCAGUCACGCCCAUUGAUGUAGAGACUGUGCAAGAAUCCGGAGCUGGCCUUGGCGACUCGGAAUAUGACGUGGAAUUCAAGACAGCUGCGGAGGAAAACGCCGGCACGGACGCCAAUGUGUAUUUCCAAAUGAUGGGAGAAGAAGGCAAGAGUCAAGAGAUCGAGCUCAAGAACAAAGGAAAAGGAUACUUCAACAGAGGACAGUUGGACAGAUUCAGGAUCAGGACUGAGGACGUUGGACGGUUGAAAAUGCUGCGUGUAGGCCAUGACAAUUCUGGCUCAAAUUCCCGAUGGUUGUUAGAUAAAGUUGUGAUCUAUUCGCUGGCCCGUGGUGAACGUUAUGUGUUCAAGGGUGGUCGUUGGAUCGGCGGGCGAAACAAUCAAAUCGAUCUACCACUGGAUUCUUGGAACAUCGGGCAACUAGUUGGUCAAGAACCGGAUAUUCCAGAUCUUAUUGAUUUCAUGCAGUCUGGAGAUGAACUAAAGAUUAUCAACGCUGCCAGAUACUUGCAACAUUUAUGUUACAGUAAGGAAUCUGUCAAGGACAAAGUCAGAGAGCUCGGUGGCAUUCCAGUUAUCGUAAGGCUGUUGAGACAUUCAGAAUGGCGUGUCAGAUAUGCUGCCAUCUGUCUUCUGAGAAAUCUCUCUUUCAGCAUGAGACACGACGCCAACAGAGUGGCUAUCGCUGAUUGCGGUGGAAUUGAAGCCUUGAUUGAAAUCUUACAGGAAACCGAGAAGACAGAGUACAGAGAAGCAAUUUUGGGCGUUUUAUGCAAUUUAUCGUCUGUUGAGUCGCUUCGUUUAAGAAUUCUUCUCGUAUGUCUCCACAUCAUCGUCAUUAUUAUCAUCAUACCUUACUCCGAGUGGACAGCUGUAGCGGCUCGAGGCCAGCCGCCAGUCAGAACCGAACCCUGGGCAGCGGUACUCGUCCAUGCCACCAGACUCGUGCGCAACCUGUCUUCAGCCGGUACCAGGGCCCGGCAGGAGCUCAGGGACGAGAAAGACUUGGUCGACUGUCUGGUGUGGAUUACUAGAGUUGGUGUCAAGAACGAGCAUUACGACAACAGGUGUCUUGAACAUUGUGUGUGCACGUUAAGAAACCUGUCAUACCGGCUUGAAAGCGAGAUUGACAGGGACCGUUAUGACGACGCUGAUGUGGAUGUGGAUCCAGCAGCUGUCAAGGAACAACAGAGCCAGGGCUGUUUCGCAGGGUGCGGUGGCAGGAAGAAGAAAAAGGUCCCUAACGAUAAACGGCCCAUGGACCGGCCGAAGGGCCCUCCUCAAGGAGUGGAACUACUUUGGCAAGCGCAGACAGUUCAACAGUAUUAUGUGCUUUUACGUAAAGNCAAGAACACUGAAACGUUAGAGGGAUCAGCCGGGGCUUUGCACAACUUGACGGCUUGCUCGUGGAAGGUGCGUAGUUUUGAUGUAUUUAGCUAAGAUAGAGUGUAUCUAAUACCUAACGGAGGUAACCCAAGAGUUACGUAACAAUUUCACAGUCGAAGUUGUUGACAUUUUAAACUACUGACUUGUGUGACUUCUUGUUGGUCAUAAACAAUACUUGAAGACGACAGAAGGAGAGCACUCCAACAAUUUACUUCAGGCUAUCGGACGAGGGCAGCGAGGAAAGGAGAGGAAAAUAAAGAGAGCUGAUCUUCGCUCACUACCUCAUUUCCUUGUUUGUAUUUUGAGAUAAGAGUGACUUCCCUUUCUAAAAGCUAUAUUGGCCUCUACCUCGCCAAAUUGCGGUGUGAUCAAUGAGCUGCUUUAGUCUAGGAAUGGGUCGUAGACUUGGCCAUUUUGGUAUCGCAGAUACAGGUUUUCCCAUUCCUUCAUUUCUACUCUACGCACUGAAAUCAAAUAAAUAACUCAAUUCCUUAAAAGCUUAUAUGUUGACAUAGUCAUUAAGAUAGUAUCUUCAUAGUACACAGAUCUUGGCGUUUUCCUGUGGCAAUCCACAGGAAAAUUACGGUCGGUAUUUACAAGGGUCGGUAUCUGGAGGCAGCGUAGCCGAGUGGUCAGUGCGUCGGACUCGCAAUCCAGCGGUCCCGGGUUCGAGUCCCGCUCUGAUCA